AUGCCACGACAACUACCCGACAACCGAGUAGGCGUGCUCAUGACCGCCGCGCUAUCGGGCGACCUUGCUCUUUUGUCGCGCCUCGCCGGCUACGUCCCACACGCUCUUCGACCACUAGAUACCGCCCAAGCCUUGUCAGCUGCAUUCUACGUCCCAGGGUCUUGCCCGAUACACGACAACGACGACUGGGAAGAUCGCCGGCCGUUCGCCACGCUUCUCCAUGUGGCCGCCAUGCGAGGGGACCAAGACAUGACCCGUUGGCUCCUCGGACGCCGAGUAUCAAUUGAGGCUAGCGCACUGCUGGGCUGCCUCUGCCCAUCGCCUUACAUGAAUGCCAUUUGUGUGACGGGCGUGUGGUCAGGAUGGGGCAUUGAGCCAACGCCGCUACAUCUAUCGCUUGUAUACGGCAACAAGUCGACUGCCAAACUUCUGAUUCGCAAAGGAGCUGUAUGGGAUCGGCCGCAUACUAGCUGCGGGGGUCUCACGGGGCUGCACAUGAUGGCUGCGGGUCGCAUGACAGAGAUGAUUGAGUGGACCAUCGACCAGUGCCAUGGUCCGUGGGCCGGUGUAGUUGCACGUAAUGGUCCGGUCCACGACUGGCCAGACGAAUUUGGGUAUUGGAGUCUUCACUACGCUUGUCUCUCUGAGAGGCCCAAGGAGGAGGAUGAAAGCUGGGCUGCGCAGAUGGUUUCUGGUCUCAUCAGGCUAGGGGCACUGGUUCAUACAACAGACGGCAGUCGAAUAGCAAAGCGAGUGUCCGAGGAGAGGAAAAGGAUUCAAGAGGGCCCAAGGCCUCGCUGGACAAUCGACAACCAGGCCGCUUUUGACUGGGCACAGCGGAUCCAAGACUGGGAAGAAGACGGAGUAGUUCUGGAGUCUGAGCUGGCACUGUUUGCAGCAGAUUGUAUGCAAUGGGGUCUUGCAGAAGCAGUGGCUGCAGUGUCUAAAGAGGAUACCUAG